AUGUACCCCUUGUAUAAAUAUAACGAUAAGGUCGUUCUGGCCAAAGAUGAUUAUCUGUUAGUUCGAGAUUUAGCUGAAUCUUCUGUUCCUCGAUUGACUCCUAGUAUCAUUUCCCACUAUAAUGAAGGCCAUCAGCUCUACAUAGUUGACUCUGUGUACUCGGGAACUGGUCGUUCAAACGAGCUGGACGUGUACCAGAAGCUCAUAAAGCCACUGUUUUUAGAAUUGGGAAUUGACCACAAGUACGUUUCUACCUCAUCGGCAGACACCAUUUCAGAGUUUGCUGGUUCUCUCAAUGGGUCCGUUUGCACGGUUUUGUUCAUCAGUGGCGAUACUUCAGUCAAUGAGUUUAUCAAUUCUCUUCUGGAGACAAAAGAGGGAACUGUUAACGUUGGUAUAAUUCCUCUGGGAACCGGCAAUAGUAUUGCACUCUCUCUUGGAAUCACCAAUGUUUUCGUGGCACUACAAAGGUUUUUCCAAAGCAUUGAACUGAAAAAAACCGUCCCUUUCUACACAUACGAAGCUUCUUUUCCCCGUGGCUCCUACUUUAUUCACCAAAAUGUCAAGACCCAUACCAUCGAGAACCCAGUGCGAUUCCUGGUGGUUCUUUCAUGGGCAUUUCACGCUGCCCUCGUUGCCGAUAGCGAUACCCCCGAGCUUCGGAAGCACGGGGUAAGCCGUUUUCGCAUGGCUGCCGAGAAUAAUUUGAAACUGAAUACUUUUUAUAACGGCUCUUAUUCCGUUGGAGGGGAAACUUACAAUGGUCCUUUUGCUUAUUGGCUAGUUACAGCCACGUCAAGGUUCGAGGAAAAGUUUUUGAUUCUGCCCAAGGGCAACAUUCUUCACCCAGACCUCUACUUGGUUCUGUUUGGAGCUCAAGAAGAUAAUUCAGGAAAAUACAUCAUGGAUGUAAUGGAACAGGUUUAUCUGGAAGGAAGCCAUUUGGCAAACCCUGACGUUGAGUAUAAGCAAAUUGAUUCUACAUCACAACUAAAGCUUUCAGUCGACUCUCCGGACCAGCGGUUGUGUCUAGAUGGUGCCAUUGUAAAGGUUCCAGAACCAGGCUCCAUCUCAGUCAAAGUACUGGGUAACGAAAUAGGAAAGUGGAAACUCUACAUUAUCACAUAA